CCCGGUAAACACAACACAACUUUCUAGCCGUCGCUUGUGGGUGUCCAUCGUCCUUCAUCGCCCCGGUCCGAGUUCUGACUCCAUCCAUCGGUUCGUCUGACUCUGCUAGCACUAAUAGCACAGCAUCAACGCUUACGUAGCCUAUCGCGCUUCCUCGUCUGCUCACUUCCUCCAGCCUGGGCUCCUCCUUCCCCCCCUGCACUGCCCUCAAAAACCAUCCCAAUCGAUCCCCUCUGUCGAAAGUGCAAGAAAUAAAUACCAGGCCCAACACUAUCCACACAGCCAUUCCAACACUCAAGCACCCCCUCCAUCUCAGGCCCAGCUCCCUCCGCACCAUCGCUAUCCGGCGCGUCUCUCCUCUCCAAGCAUGUCGCACUGCACUGCGGCUGAAACGAUGACUGCGACCAACUCGCGCACCAGACGACCGAUGAGCACCAGCAUCAUCCCCAGCCUCUCACUCGACAGUCGCCCACCACUCUCCUCCAAGCGCGCUUCAACACCCUACCCCACUCAUCCCCCAAAGCGACCCUCGAGCACCUCACUAGCAGCACUCUCCAGCAGCCAGAGUCGCGUCGCACUCAACCUCCUCAAUCGCAUCUCAACCCAAAACUCACUCCGCUCCUCAUCCGAAUCAUCCCCACCCCCUCAGUUCAUCGUACGCGACUUUGCAUUCAAAUCCUCCGACCCAAGACAUCUCGGACAGCGAUUAACGACUACCCCCAAUCACCACCAUCUCAACGGGACCGACGAAGCCAGCAGACUCAAUGAAUUCAACCACCAGCUGGCCGACCAGCUCAAACAAACCCCCACCAAGUCGAUGUUCUGGAACAUCUGUGCUAGUCCCACCGGGCCGGGAUCGACGGCCGACUCGGAAUUCGAUAGGGAUCAAGAGGAGGCAGAACAGUCGAUGGAGAUCGACAAGCUGAUCCACAAGAACCGCCAAACCUCAUCCUCCUCGGCCCUCUCGUCGAGCUCAUCGACCCCACCAUUGACAGACCCAACAGUCCCCCUUCAACAACAACAACAACAACAACUGAUGAUAGGCGAGAACGGAGGCGAACAGAUGCUGACGAGACUGACGACGAAGUGGGAGAACCUGUAUGUGUCGAUGUACGACUUUGUGGCCGAGGGCGAGUCGGAGAUGAACCUGGCGAAGGGCGAGAUCGUCUGUGUGCUCGAGAUCAUCUGCGACGGCUGGGUCGUCGCCCGCAAAACUAAACUGCUCAUCGACGACGACGGCAAGCUCUUCUCCCCCGACCGACAGCCCGUCUCCCUCGACGAUCUCAACCUUGUCCUCCUCCGUCUCCCCCUCCCUGAUGAUCCCCAUCAUCCUGAUCUGUCUCUCACCGGAUUAUGUCCUGAAAAUUAUCUGCUCAAAAUCUCUUAAGAUCUCGUCUUCUUCUUCUUCCUCUUCUCUCUCUCUGUCUCCUCUUCUUUUCUUUUCUGUCUGACUACUAUCUCCUUUCUGUUCUCUCUCUCUCUCUUUCACUUUCUUUCUCCCCCAUCUCAUCUUUAUUUUUCCAUUUAUCUAUCAUGAAGUGAUCCAGUUUUGUUUUGUUCUAUACCUACAAGUUGUAUGGAGUUUUUUUUUUUUUUACUUUCACACAUUCUUCUUCUUUUUUCCCUUUCUAAGAAGAACAUUUUUUUUUUCUUUUCAUAGUUCUUUAUAAUCUUUACUUCUUUGAUUACUUAUUUCACAUAUUGUCUCCCCCCCCUUUUUUUAUUAACUUCCUUAGAAAGACAAGUUUACGUCAUUACAAGAAGAGCUGGAUCAUCUUGCUUACCACCAAUUUUGUUCAGGUAUUUUAUUUCAUUGAUUAUCACAUACAUUUUGAACUGUCUAUCUAUCUAUCUAUCUAUCUAUCUAUCUCAUAUUUAUCUAUUUAUUGAGUUAAACAAGCUACUGAAAAAAAACAUGUUUUGG